GGGAGUGUGUCUCCACUUCCAAGAAGCAGAGGGGUGUUGUUGCGGGACUUUGGAGGUGACUUAAAAGGGGACAUUUCCACGCCGGUCGGACUGAGACAAGGACUAAGCACAUCCCGGCACAUUCCCAACGGCGCAGCAGGUAGACCUGACAACAACUCACUCUUCUUACUCGCCAGAUGGACCAACAACUCAGCACUUUGAUGCCUUUGGAAAAAAAUGCCAAGGAAGGAAUAUAUUCCAUGUUAUCUGCAUGCUUUAAUUUUGUUAAUUCCAUCAUAGGAUCUGGUAUAAUAGGUUUACCAUAUGCAUUGAACCAAGCCGGGCUCCCGUGUGGCUUGUUGCUGCUGAUUUUGGUUGCUUUCAUCACGGACUACACCAUCAUCCUUCUCAUUCGAGGAGGCAACCUGUCAGGGACCGACAGCUACCAGUCCCUGGUCCAAAGCACGUUUGGUUUUCCAGGGUACUUCAUUUUAUCAGCGCUGCAAUUUCUCUACCCAUUCAUUGCUAUGAUCAGCUACAACAUUACAGCCGGCGACACGCUGACUAAGGUCCUAGAAAGAAUUCCUGGAGUCGGUCCGGAUCACCUCCUCGCCAACCGUGACUUUGUCAUCAUACUGACCACCCUCCUAUGCACGCUGCCUCUCUCGCUCUACCGCAAUAUCGAGAAACUCGGCAAGGUGUCCUUCACGUCCGUGGUUCUGACGGGUAUCGUCCUCGUCAUCGUGAUCAUCAGAGCCGCAACCUUGGGGCCGCAGAUGUAUGACGGCACAGUUCUGGUUGUGGUACGAAAGUGUUUGGCUCAAGACAAAGGUGUGUCCCCCCUCCCCCCCAGACCCCCGACACAGGACGCAUGGGUGUUUGCAAAGUGGAAUGCCAUUCAAGCGGUUGGUGUCAUGUCUUUUGCCUUCAUAUGUCACCACAACAGCUUUCUCCUCUACGGCUCCCUGGCAGAGCCCACGCUGACCCACUGGACCCGGGUCACGCACAUCUCGGUGGGAACCUCGCUCCUCAUCAGCGCCACCUUCGCAGUCGGGGGCUACGUCAGCUUCACGGGAUACACACAAGGAGACAUCUUUGAGAACUUCUGCAGAGAUGACAACCUGGCGGCGGUCGGGCGCUUCUGCUUUGGCGUCAGCGUCAUCACAACGUUUCCACUGGAGUGUUUUGUCACUCGAGAGGUGGUGUCGCAUGCUGUGGGCGGGCGGCAGCUGUCCACACUGGAGCACACCUUCCUGACCUUCAUCAUAGUUGCAGCCUGCGCCGCCAUCUCUCUGGCCUCCGACUGUCUGGGAAUUGUCCUGGAACUGAACGGCGCGGUGAGCGCCACGCCGCUGAUCUUCAUCGUCCCCUCCGCCUGCUACCUCAAACUGUCCUCGGGUCCCUGGUACCAGCGGGACCACUGGAUCCCCGUCCUGCUCAUCCUGGUGGGAGCCAUCGUCAUGGUAACCAGUCUGACCAUGACCUUCCUCAGCCCCCAGGACUGUUCUCACGGCGCCGACUUGUUCUACUGUGGGGGGGCUCAUGUCUCUGCCACACUACCACCUCUAUGAGUAUGACACGCCCCCUUGAUGCACGACUUAUAUGUCUAUGUCUUUUUAUUUCCUAGUCAGAUUUUAGAACAGCUAAAGUGUGAGCCUUUUACAUAGACCUUGAAUUUGGAAUGUUGGAAUGAAGCCAUAACUAUCUGUUAGCUCAACUGUCCGAAGUAGGGAGGAGAAGAAGAGGGGCGGGUGAGAGUGAGUGA